AUGAUACGGUUCAUCUACCUCGCGCUAUUCGUGUUCCCAUUCGCCCUUGCCCAAUUCGGCGGUUUCUUCCAACAUGGAUUCCCGUUCGGUGGACACGGCCCGCCAGUGCAUGAGCAACAACAGGAUUUCACGAGGCGGAGGGAACAUAGAGGGUGGACUGAGAUGGAUAAUGUCCACUGUAGAGCCGGUUACGUCUGUCCAUCAUCUCUAGCUUGUGUACCUACUCCGGCGGACUGUCCAUGUCCUUAUCCCGAGGAUAUCAAAUGUGUCAUACCGGAUAACAGAGAAAGGGAUGAAGGCGAAGGUCCGCCAUUCGUUUGUGUAAGGUCAACAGGUGGUGAUCAAGCAAGUUGUGACAAAGUGAUGGAAUACUCAAAACCUAUAUGA